AAAGAAUUGUGGGUAGGAAUUCGGGCGCCAUUUUUCUGUUCAUCGAGAAAAUAAUUUUAGAAUGUUCGAGAAGAAAUUGAAACGAUGAAAUAUAUAACGUAUAAGUUUUAAUGCAAGCAUUUAGUACUUGUUAAAGAUGACCACUGUUCCAGUAACUGCCACCAACACAUCCUCAAAACAGACUGGUACUGCCAAGUUACUGAUCAACGCGGAUGGAACUGUUCGGUUGAUGGCAGAUCCUAAAAAUUUUCCAACACCAGGAUUAAAAGACAGUCACAAGCUAUUCGCGGCAUGCUCUGAUAAUGGACAAAUGAAUGUGUAUUAUUCACCAACCGGUAACCCAUCAGAGGUCUAUCUAUUGAAGCCUACAGCAAACUCUGAAGGAGCCCAAUUCUUUUCCGGUAAUUUCAAUAGUAUUCCAGUUACUCAGCCAAGUACUAACAGUCAUCUGACAAAUCUUAUCAUCCAGAAACAAAAUCAGUUAGAUUUGGGUGCAAAAAGGCACCCCAAUCCACCGAUAGUUAAAUUGAUAUCGGAAACGUGGCCGGGAAAAGAAACGUUGGCUAACAAUGUAUCUUUAUUGGAAAAAACUGUGAGAGCUUCUGAUAAUUCUAACAGUGACACAAUAACCAAAUUAACAAACGCCUUACAAGAGCCACUGGAAAAAUGUAAAGAUGUUACAAACAACAUCAGUGAUACUAGUGAUUUGAUUCCAGCUGUAGUUUUCUCCAAAGACUCAGCCGUGAAGUUAAGUAGUUCACCGUCUGGGAAAUUGAAUGCAGGGAAACUAAUUGAACUUAAUACGAUUAUAAACCAGCAAUCUCAAGUGUCCAAUUCUAACAACAGUAGCAGAACUGCUACUCCAGAUCCAGAAGACCCUCUUGCUAACAUAAUCGAUGUUGCCAGCACCAUCGCAGCACAUGUAGCUGAUACAGAAAAAAAGAAGUUGUUUGAAAAUUCACCUCAGACAAUACGUAUAUCACCUGUUCAAGCGAAUCACCAACCUAUAUCAAAGAGUUUUCAUUCCCUGUCAAGUUUUAGUGCAAAGCCACAAGCCUCAUUCCCUUCUAUGGGUAGUGAUAAGUAUGAGAACUCAAAGUCGAAAAAUAGUAGUUUAAUUCCUGUAGUUGUUUUUCCUAAGGAUUAUCGAAAGAAUAAUUUUACUAGUUCAUAUUACUGUAAGAACCCAAGCAUACCACCUUUACGUCCUCCUUACACGGGUCAUUCAGUAGUACCAAAGGUUUGGCCCCCUUCCCAGAAUCCAGUAAGCCAAGCUUUACAAUCAUUUAUAGUAAAAACUAACGCUGAUAAAACGAAGCCUAUAAUAAUCCAGAAAACUGCUCCAGGAAAUGAAAACCCACGACAGUCGUCUUUACCACAAACAGUUCAAAACUCACCAGUUACAGCUGAAUCCGAAGAACCUCCCUGUGAGGACAUUCCCCUGAGUAUUCGGAUAGACUCUGUGUUUUCUCUUUCAGCUACUGAAAAUGUGGAUCAUGUCUCAAAUGAGCCAACUAAGAAAAGGAAAAAGAAAAUGAAGAAAUCGUAUAAGAUAGUUCUAGAUUUUAAAACUGUUAAAUGUAAACCGUGUUAUGUGGUUCUUGAAAGACUUCACCACUCACAAGAAAACAAUAUCAAAAACAAGCUACAGGUGCAGUGUAGUGAGCAUUGUCGAAAACGUACAUUGAAUUAUAUGUGUGGUAUAAAUCUUUUAGACUGCAAGCAUCCCGAUCAAAACAGAACGGUGACAGUUGUAAAACGCAGUAAAGUGAGCUUACAAGACCCCCCACCCCCUGUGCCUAUUGACGCUGUACAUAUAACCAGUGUGAAUAACAAUACGGAACAUACAUCAUGUUCAGCGAAAAGUUCAAUCGGGCAAAAGACACAAAAUAAGGAGAAUGUUCAAGUUACUCCCAAUUCUGAAAUUAACCAAUCCACUAACAUAAUAUUUAAAGCCCCGGUAAACGAACAUUUUCCAAAUGUAACAUUUUCAAAUAAUGUUCAGACAUUGAAAUUUAAUUCUACGGCGACAACAGCCGUAACACAAAGUGCUAAAAUUCAACAGAGCGCAUCACAACCCUUGGGGAUAAUUCUUCCUACAACAUCCAACUCAUUACUUAAGAAUUAUCACUUCACCACUGUACCUAGUCAAUCAACUAGUCAUUUUACAAAAUCCGCCACGUCAUCCGCACAUGUGGUCAAUAUUUCUAUGAACAACACUAUUAAAACGGCCCCAUCGUCGCAACAAAAUGGAACCUCCGUCAAAACUACAUAUCCACAUAUAGUGAAUAUUUCUAGUACUGGGAUAAACUCACUGAAACCAGUACCAACGCCGCAACAACCGAAAGCCUUAGUCAAAACAAUAAAACCGAAUGUCAUUUUAGCGCCCGGGACUGUAUCCCAAAAUCAAACCAGUACCCUAACUAGUCCAUCGGCUUCUGGUAAUAGCACCAAGUACUUCUUGAUGCAAGUGGGUGGUAAAAGUGUGCUUAUACCUGCAGAAAAACCGGGCAUAAAUAGCAAGGCGUUUGUAUUAAAUCCAAACAAAGACGGCACAUCCGUCUUAACCCCAGCCAACAUCACAUAUAGUAAGAUAAACAGCAGUCAAAAUUCUACAACCACUGCGACGUUUUCCAUUUCUGGUUCGAGUUUCCCUGUUUCAACGACAACUACUACUACAAAAUCAGCUAUAUCUUCCAUACCCAAUAGUAUAGGACAAGUUGUAGUGUCCGAAAAGCAGAUUGCAUUACCAGCACCAGGAUCUCCACCAGUUUCAAUUCAACCAGCUGGUAAAUUACCUCUUCCAAACCUAAGUCCUAAUGCAACACAGACUAAGAUUACCAACAAGAUGACAAAUAGUCCGACAGCACCGAUAACUGCAGAUGAUCCCCCAGCUAGGAAAAGAAAGAAAACGCUUGCUGAAAGAUACCCUCUCCCUCCUGGGGUUGUUAUUAAGAAGGAACCCGUCACACGUGGUUAUGGGGACGAUGAACCUGAAAUUUCGCCCCCUAAGAUUUCAAGGUCUUCAUCACUAUCAACUGCAAUUACUAGUUCCGCCAGUCGUACUACAUAUACUACACCUAACAUGCAAAGUUUACUCCAAGGGUUAGCCACACGACCACCAGCGCAGACACGAUUCAUAACAAAUCCCAUACUAAAGACUAUACAUCAACCCUGUGGUAUAAGAUCUAUUGUCCCCAGUGUGAGUUCAUCGUCUCCAAUCGUUAUUAGAACUGUGGCUACUCCUCAUAUUACAAUUACAACCUUCUCAUCACCAACAAUUAAAUCUGUACCUCCACCACCAGUAAGAACAAUAGCCCACUCGACAAUAAAACCAAAGCCAGCUGACACUAGCACCCACGCUGCCUCUCCAAAUGCCUUACAAACCCAUGUUUCGCGUUCCUUACAAUCUACAAUACCUUCGCUUUUUCAAAAGGAGAUGACAAGAACCGCGCCUCUUUUGGAACCGAGUGUCGUGUUUUCUACAGAACCAUCUACAUCGUAUCAAGAUGAUUCUAAUGUGGUAAUCGGGGAGGAUACAGACGAACUAAUGGACCCGUCUUCACCAGGUCCACCAGAUCUUGGAGAACCGCAAAUUACUUUACCACCAAAUGAAAAUUCAGAUCGCAACACCAUUACCAUAGACGACGAAUUAACUGAUUCGUGUGACGACGUAUCUAAAGUUGACAGCCCAGUUUCUACACCCGCAUCGACACCCAAAACCCCACAAGAAGUUCGCAUCGAAAAAUUAAAAAAACUGCUACAACAACAGGAAAAAGCUCUCGAUGAACAUCGAAGAAAGAGGGCUACAGAACAACCUUUAAAUCUGGAUGACUUAUGAUGUACAGAUUAAAUAUUAUAUUUCGUAUUUGCCAGAAAAAAUGAUUUUUCUAAACGUAUCAUAUUUAGUAUGUAAUUAAUAUCACUAGUGUAAUAAGGAAAUAUUGAGCAUUAAUACCGCAGUAUUGAGUAUAUGUAGAUGAUAAAGACCCCAACAGGUUUUCCCGGUGCUGUGGACGUGUUAUUUCUGUUAUAAUCCUUUAUAAACUGGUUUUAAUGGGGCCUUUAUUUACAAAUAGUUUUGUAUAUUCCGUUCGAUUUCCUUGGAUGUUAGUUUUUUCUUUAUUAAAUUUCUAUGAAGAUAAAAUAGUGACCUUGACUACGUUGCGAUAAGAAUAAUUGCUUCGAACUAUUAUUUUAAUUUAUAAUGUGUACAUAUUGUACAGCUGUAUAAAUCCAGUUUGGGAGAAGUAACAAGUUUUGUUUAUAGAUUCUAAAAUUCUGGAUCGAAAGGUUUUAUUUAUGUUAAAUUAUGAAGUAAUCAACAAUAAAUUAUGGUAAUUUUAUCAUAGAUAUCAAUUUGAAUAUGUUACCGUCAUAUUUUUGCCAUUUUUCUCCCAUUUGGUUGGGUUUUGUUUCUCUUUUGUAGAAAAUUUGUUCACGAAUUAUAGCUAGUUAAUAUGCUAAAAUAUAAAACAAACGCAUGUUAAAGAUCAUAUCGGUGGCUAUCGGUAUAUAAAUAUCCUCAUAAUGAAUUUAAGGAUUUGAAAGGGGUCGGGGCGGCCUAGUGGCUGGCGCCUUACUAGGGCACCUCGGUUUCCUCGCAUAGCAAAAUACAGGUUAAUCUGCGGUAUCAUUAGGAGUGGACGUUAAAUAUCCAUUAAUGAUAAGUAUAUUUAACUCUAAUUGAAUAAGUCAACGUGACGCCACAUCGACUUUAGACGGCAUUAUAUACAUAUAGUUGAUUCGGGGUUUUUUCCACAGCUUAUCAGAGCAAAAAGAGUGCUAUUGAAAUGGGUUUGUCAAUCGUUUUGCAAAAUAACACCCCUCCGUCUAAUUAAGAUAGAGUGUUCUAACUUGUAUAGAUAUUCGUUAGCAAAUGGCAUGACUGAGUUCAAGGAGGAACUAAACUGCAAACGACUGUUUCAUGUAUUUUGUAUUCAUGAAAUAUCACAAUUUAUUUUGUACACUCUUGUCUAUCUAAAUCAAAUCAGCGGACGAAAAUGGUCAUAAUUUAACGACAUCGCAUCCAUCUCGGAUUAUAUAAUGGAUACAGAAGAAGUACAUCGAAUAUUAGUGGUGUGAACUCUGCAAAUAUAUAAUAUGGGGUCUAGCGUGAAAUCGACACUUUACCUUGACUAACAUAGGUGUGCUAUGGAGGCGACUAAUGUUCCCUAGAGAAGGCAACCUCUCUGAAAAAAUUCGCAGAAUUGUUGCAUUAUCAAUUUAUAGAUGUGCCUUAAAUAAAAAAAACCCACCCAUUUCGUUAUGGAGGGUGUUCGCUACGAGAUAUUGCGGAAUUGAGAUAUGUUUGAAAACUUGCAUUUCCACAGCCAAACGUUACCGUUUGAAAAUGGACACGGACACUGCUAUUCAAUCACUUGCAUCAAUCGACUGAAAUUCGGUCCCAAUUGCUCGUCCGAUAUUUCGAUGAUUGAUCUUCUUUCGAGCGCCAUGUUGGAAUCGAACAUCUAAACCAACGAUUGCUAUCUAGCAUUUUGAAAGCAUUCAAUAUUUCAGCAGUGUCCAUAUAGAGAAUCUCCUACGAGUCUUUUUGAUAUCAAAAAAUAUCAACACAAGUCGAUAAAGUAAAAAAAAAAACGAGUAGGAGAUUUUAUUUAUCACCCAAUCCCUUCUUACAUGCACAAAUAAAUAAAUGUAAUUCUUUACUAUAGAUUUCACUUUUUUACUGAACCUGAUUGCAUUAUGGCGUAGUGAUACAUCACUUUUUACAGCAAUUCAACCAUUGCAAAGUCCUUUAUAUUGACCCAGUGUUUCCAUCAAGGUCAAUUAAAUAAAAACAGUUCCUUUUUAAUAAGAAAGAAGUUACUUUUAAAGGAGAUAAAUCGCUAAUAAUUGAGACCUAGAAAUUGACACAAAUGGGUCACAACGGAUAUAAUAAUAUAAUCUGAAUGUAUACAAACUGAUUUACAUUCAAUCGUUUAUGUAUUUACUCUAAUUUUAAAUCAGUUGUGUUCAGCGAACUACGCCAUAAGUCUCAAUCGAAUAGCAAUCUCGAGCGUCUGGUUAUUCCAGUCUAUUGUGCAUUCUCUCGCCGUUUGGUAUGACUUGUGGAAUGUCUAGCCUCGUUCGUCGAGUCCCUUGUUACAAGUGGUGCUGAAACGCAUUAUGGUACACGAUUCGUGUACCAAUGGUAAAAUGUUGAUUUUGUAUUAAAUAUUGGAUAUCAGAAGUCCAUCUUUUCACUGUAAGAUCCCAACAUCAAUGUUGAUUUAAAUUGAAUAAUAAUCCGUGUUUUGAGUGUCGAAGACUUUGGACGAUACUGAGUUAGAGACUUAGCUACUUUAAUAAAAAAAAAAUGAACUGUUCUUUGAAAAUAAAAAAAAAUAGUUCCUUUUUGAUUGACCAAUCAAAUUCAUAUCGCAGUAGAUUAUGAAGUUUGUCACACAAGCGAUAUCUACUGUAGAAUGUAUUAUUGGGUGAUAAAAUACAAUGACAGUUCCAUAAGAAAUGACCAACUGAUAUUAAAGAGACGAGUAUAUUAAACUUAGUAUUAAACGAAAGAAAUAUUUAGUGGAUGUUACGGUGUCAGGGUUGCUACGAUCUACUGAUAUUUCGUUCGAUUGACAACAACCUGAAUAAAUUUAAACUAAA